AUGAGGUAAGUGAUUGCGUAACUUUUUGUAAAUAAUUAUGUUCAAAAUUUGGUCGCCAUGAGGAAGAUAAUUUAGAAGAAACCUUGUAGUCAUUCAAUCAGAAGAGGGGCAUAGGUAAAGGAGAUUGUGAAAAAGUUGUUGUUCAACAUUUUCCGCCCCGCAAAUCGCUAGUUUCCGAGAAAUUUGACUUUUCGUGAAUUUGGUACCUAAAUUAUGCAAAUUUUGGAAAACGAGAGUUUCCACAAUUUACUUGAAGAUUAUUCAAAUUCAACGUGGACUUUUAGGGCAAAAAGUGCAGCCACGUUGAGCGUUGCAAGUUUUUCAGUCGGUGAAUUUUCGACCUUCAAGUACGUGGUCAAUUUAUUCUUCUGUUUUUUACUCGAAAUGGCUGACGAUGUAGGAGAAGGUUCUACGGCUCAUCAUGUUGAUCAAUUGUCGGCUGCCGCUCAACAGGACGAUGGUGUUGCAAAGGAAAGUGAUACCGUUCCGACCGAGAAUGUUGUGGUAGGCCAAUCUGGCGAUCUUCAUGAAAAAGACGGUGCGAAUAGUGAGGAAAAGGUGGUGGAAGUUGCGGAAGAAAUUGAUGUUCAAGGACCUGCAGCCGCAGAGGGUGUUAAAACAAGUGAAACUCAGAAGAAGUGCGGAGAAUUCAGCGAUGAAUUGGAGAUCACGAGUGGUCAAGGUGAAAAACCUGGAGAGAACGGUAAGUAUGAUGCUGAUUUUGUUUGUCUUUUCAUUCUUAGGCCCUUAGUUACGUCUGUGUUGCUGUUUCAGUCAGCUAUUCACAAGCUCCUCUUCAUGGAUCGGCAAAUAUCAACAAUUUCAAAGAUGUGACCAGUUUCAUCCAUUGCCCAAGUUCUACCUUCGGCCACUCCUCCCAUGAACAUCAUUCUGGUGCGGGCUCGCAUCCUCAGCACGUUUUGAACACCGUGACACCUGUUUCCCAUGCUAAUCCACACAAUUUCCCUGGACCUUCCAUGUUUGGCGAGAUGGAUCCACUGGAGGUGAUGUGGAAUGAAUUUAGAAACAGUGUGGUGAAGUAUGUUCCGUUAGAAGACCGAUUGAGCUUUCUCGAGGGUUUGGACACAUUGCUCAAGGCCAAUCGGCUUCUCAAGCUUCAAAAGACGUGAGUUUUGGAAUAUUUUGGAUAUUGUACAUGGUGAAGAUAGUUUUUCUGGAAGAAAAUCAGAUUUUCCUUAUUUUAUUGAGGUGCAAAGAUUGAUCAUACGUAUUUUACGUUAUUUUUGGUAAAAAAAUUUCGUUUUCAGGUUUUUGAAACCCCGAAAGCAUGCGCAGCCUCGAGGGGGAGAGAAACGAGGCAGAGGACGUCCGCGGAAGCGAGCCUUGGAUGAAGAAACACCAAUGGAGCUUGGCUCUCAACCAAAACGCCAAGAUCUUCAGGUAAGUCAUACCAUUUUAGAAAAUUGUUGUCUUUAGAAGUGCUAAAAUUGAUAAACAACCCUUUUCAGAUGACCCCCUGCCUCCCACGUCAAGCCUUAAUGGCGACCAGUACCUCUCGUUUCCCAGAUCCUCCAAGUUUUGUUCCGCGUCGCAACUUUGUCCCAGAAAUCAGAAGAGAAAUGAACCCGUUUCUCCAUCCAUUUUCUCAGCAGAUGUUGCAUGAGAGCGCGAUUGCGCAACAGUUACAGGUGUUUAAUCAUCAGUUGGCGACUCCGGAGGGAAGUGAGGUAAAAUUUUAUUUUUUUGUUGGAUUUUAGAAAAAUUGAUGGAUUUGUGUGACUUUAUCUUGAUGCAUAAUGGUUCCAGCGUGCAUUGGAAGCUCGUAUCGAACAUGAGGAAGCAAGUUUUUUUGCAAAAAUCAUCAAAUUUUUAUUUGCAUACCUAGUGUAAUAUAACUAAUGUCUUUUUUUUGAGUUUAGGGGAUAGGAUAGAUCAUAGCUGUAUGGUUAUAUUAAAUAUGAUGUUAUAUGACGUUUUGCAUUGUUUAGCCCAGGCCCGAGCCGACAAAUGAUCCCCAAGAAUCAGAUGGAAAGCCGAUCCAAGAUCAGAUGCCAAUACUCGCUCAGAUGAUCAAUUCCAAUGAAUAA